AUGCAAUCUAAUCCAGGAACAGUGGUGCAAUGGGAAGUCCAACCAACAAUGGAUCCUACCAAAGUGAUGUUUCAACGAAUGUUCUGGGCUUUCGGACCAUCCAUUAAGGGUUUUCCCCACUGUCGUCCCCUUAUUUCUAUAGAUGGUACACAUUUGUACGGAAAGUACAGAGGCACACUUAUGAUUGGUAUGUCCAUAGAUGCAAAUUCUCAGUUGUUCCCACUUGCCUUUGCCGUUGUGGAGGGAGAGAGCAACGACACAUGGAGUUGGUUCUUGGAUUGUAUAAGGCAUUAUGUCACUAAGAGGGACGGCUUAUGUGUUAUAUCUGAUCGUCACAAGGGAAUUUUGCAUGCAAUGAACAGAGUUGGAAAAGGUUGGGAAGAACCAUAUGCAUUCCAUCGGUUUUGUAAACGUCAUCUAGCUUCAAACGUGCAUAAGAAGUUUAAAAACAUAGCGGUUAAGAACUUAUUUGGAAAAGCUUCUGAACAAACAAAGAUUCGGAAGUAUAAUUUUUACAUGAAUCGCCUUAAAGAGCUUAAUGAGGACGCGUACAAGUACUUAGUGGACGGUUCUAUUCCCGAGCGCCAAUGGACUUUGAUUCAUGACGGUGGGCAUCGAUAUGGAGUGAGAACUACAAACAUGUCUGAAGCGUUCAACGGCGUUAUGAAAGGGGCCAGGUCACUCCCAAUCACUUCAUUAGUUAGGAUGACAUUCUACCGGGUAAACGAAUACUUUGCCACAAGGAGGGAUUUAGGGAGAAGCAGAUUAGAUAGUGGACAUGUGUAUGCGAAGAAACCAAGUGAUACGAUUGAUAAGAAUGCUGAAAAAGCACGCUUUCAUGAUGUUAGGAUAUAUGACACAGUGCGUGGGAUAUUCGAGGUCACCACUGGUUGUGGCAAUAGGAUAGCAGGAAAAGGUGGAAAAUCCUACAUGGUUGACCUCACAGCAACAUCAUGCACAUGUCAGAAACCAACCAUCUUCAAGUUACCGUGCUCACAUGUUCUUGCAGUAUGUCGAGCUCGUAACAUAUCGUACGAUGCUUUUGUGGACCCUUCAUUUCGCACUACAAAAUACGUAUCGACAUAUAAGAAGUCUUUCAUGCCCGUUCCAGACAUGUUUACUUGCGAUCCUUGGAAUGGUCCUACAGUUGUUCCAGAUCCCUCAACGAAGCGUGCAAAGGGUUGUCCGCGAUCAACUCGUAUACGGAACGAAAUGGAUGCACCGUUGAAGCGUCCUCGUAACUCGUGUACCUUUUGUGGAUGUAGUGGUCAUAAUAAGAAAACAUGCCCUCGAAGGUCAACAAACGAUCAUGGCGAUGCCGGGCCCAGUAGCGGAGGUUGACGAGUUCACACCAUCUCAUCGACCGGUGUGCAAAACAAAAGGGGUCGGGGGUUGUAGUUUAACAAGCUUUGUAUAUUCUUAUACGACUUGAACUUCUUGUAUGAGUUUCCAUAAUUGUAAUAUAUCUUUGCAUUAGUUUCAUAAUUAUUUUUUUCAAAACAAUCCGGUUCGUAAUUGAUUAUUAUGGAAUAGAUGGUAUUGAACUAGUUUAAUGCAUGUUGCGUUCAC